AUGGUGAGCAGUCUAUUCAAUGGGGGAAGAGGGCUCAGACAGGGAGACCCCAUCUCCCCUCUUAUUUUUGUGCUUUGUAUGGAGUACCUCUCCAGGCUUAUGAGCAAGUACACAAAAGAAGGUUCUGUGUGCAAAUUUCAUAGUGGUUGUAAGAUCUUGAAACUGAGUCAUUUAGCUUUUGCUGAUGACCUGUUCAUUUUUAGUGAUGGGGAUAGUGAGUCUAUAAGCAUCAUCAACAAGGUCUUAGGAGACUUUACUAGGUGUUCUGGCCUCAAACCAAACAACUGUAAGAGUUCUAUUUUCUUUUGUGGUUCUACUGCUGAUGAGAAAAAAAAGAGAUUAAAGAGAUUUUGCGCUUCCAGAAGGGUUUUCUUCCCAUCAUCUACUUGGGGCAUGCUCCAAUUAGUUAGUUCAGUCCUUCUCAAUAUGCAUAUAUACUGGUGCACAACAUUCAUCCUUUCUUCUGCUGUGAUCAAAGGUGUUGAAAGUUUGUGCAAGAAUUUCUUAUGGCAUGGGUGCAAUAACAAUAAGAAUGGUAGCUUUGUCAGUUGGGCUAAAGUCUGUAUGCCUAAGUUUUGUGGAGGUCUAGGUAUUAAAUCUGUCUAUAAUUGGAACAUUGCAGCCAGCACUAAGAAUAUUUGGGAUAUUAUCUCCUUAAAGCCUACUAUAUGGGCCAUAUGGGUUAGUGUUAACAAGCUCAAAAACCUGAGUUUUUGGAUUAGACCUGCUGUUGUUGAGUACAUUAAGUACAAACUUGGGGAUGAUUCAGAAGUAGCAAAAGUUAGUAGAGUUAACAGCUUGUGGAGGAAUAAUGAAUGGGUGUUCCCUGAUUUGAUUGAUGAAUGUACUCUGAACAUUUGGGAUUAUGUAAGAAAUAAUUUUCAGGUGCAGCUGAGUGUUAAAGAUAAAGUCCCUUGCCAUUCUUCCCAUGGCUCCUUUUCUAUCAACAACUGCUGGAAAUUCUUAAAGUCAGUUGAUAGUCCAAUUCCUUGGACUAAGAUUGUGUGGUUCACUGUGGAGACAAUUGAUCAUUUGUUCUUUGAAUGUAACUUCUCAAAAGAUGUUUGGAGCUGGCUUCUUGCUGAAAUGAACAUUUUUAGAAGCCCUUUGAGAUGGAGGAGGGAAGUCAGUUUCUUUGUGAGAAUAUCCAAGGGGAAAUCUACCAUGGCUAAGGUCAGCAAUCUUACCUUUUGUGCAGCCAUUUACCAUAUAUGGAGGGCUAAAAAUGACUCCAUUUUUAACCAUACCAAACCUUCUUGUGUCCAAGUGUGGAAGAAAAUCAAAAAAGAUGUAGCUGUGAAGUGUAGCACAGGUUAA